UCGAGUGUUCAUUUCGUAUCGAACCGUCAAGCUGGUAGGGUGUGUUCCGUACGUCGUCGCUGUCCGUGGGUCGUCGCGUCGAUCUCUUAACUACCAAACAACGCACACACACACACACAGCAAUCGUGCUUUGUGUCGGUGUAGCUUCUUGUGCGAUUGUUUCGCCGGAGUGUUUCUUUUCCGAAAAGUGAAGAAUUCCAACGGAAGCAAAAUUGUGAAAAACGUGAAAUUUCCCGGUGAAAAAUCGUGUUAACGUGUUUGUUUUUUGUGCAAAAGAAAGGAAGGUAAAAAAAAGAGGCAAAAAUCGAAGCGCAUUCUACCCGGCAUUCAACGGCUUUUAACCCUCUCGCAAGUGAAGCAACAAAAAACCAACCCCACGCAGCACACAUACCGAAAAAGCGGUCACUGUGCAUGUGCAUAGCGAGCGUUGUGUAUGUGUGUGUGUAUUUUGUAUGUGAGUGGGGGGUUCGUGUGAGUGUCGCGCCGUUUUUUUUACGUAAGUGCAUUAUUUUACCCCUGCCGAAGAAGUUGAGCGGUAGAGUAAUGGCGGCAGUGUGCAGCGGCGGUAAAGCGAAAGAAAAUUGAAAGAGUGAAGCCGAGCACUUCGAAAAGGGGACGUAUUUAUUACGUCCGGAAAACGUAAAACCGCAAAACCCCCGUAAAGAGGUGAAAACGUAAAAAAAGAAGAGCAACAAAAAAAAGUGUUCGUGGUGCCGUGACCAGGAGUCGGUGUGUCAGUGGUUGCAACGGGACGUCGCCCGUCUUGAAAGUGCUGGUGCGUUUGUUAAUUUUCCACCCAGUGUGGUCAAGUGAAUAAAGCGAGUGAGAGAGAGAGAGAGUAGUGUACGAAGGGCAGUUCAACGUUCAAAUGUCAAUAUUUGUCAGUGAUUGAUGGGAGCAGCAGCAGUUUAAAUAAAUCCAAGUGGAAGAAAAAUCAGUGCAUUCCGCGGCGGGUUUGCAAUAUGACGUCCGUGCGGAUGACGGCGUCGUCUACGGUUCGCAGUGCACCGAUCGGUCUGCUCCGAUGAUGAUGAUAAUUGCGAAUUUCCUCGAAAGUGCCUUCAAUGUGCGGCAAACAUCCACAACAACUACAGUUGUACUUCAACCUUCCCGUCAAGGUUUCUUCGUGUGUGCUUAAUCGUAUGGGGUUCGUCGUAUCCUCCCCAAACCUCCAAAGAGCAAGCGUUUAGACAAGAGAAACGGUGUUUUAUCGUUUAUUAAUACGUUCGUGCGUGCGUUGGGUGUGUGAUAGCCAAAACGCAAAAUAACAACAACAACAACAACAACAAAGCUAAACCAUGUGCUGCCUAACCAAAGUGUUGAUCGGGAUCGUCGGCUUCCUGUCGGCGGUGGCCGCCGCCGCCCACUGGGACCAUGCGGUCGACCUGGACGAGAACUAUCGGCUGCUGUGGAGCAUCAGCCAGCAGGACAUCACGUUCGAGGUGCAGGCCCGGACGCACGGCUACGUCGGGCUCGGGUUCUCCACCGACGGUACCAUCUACGGUGCGGAUGUUGUCAUCGGGUGGGUCGAGAAUGGGCAGGUUCACUUCCAGGAUCGACACUUUAAGCAAAACAGUAACGGUGAGCCACAUGUGGACCUAUCGCUGGAUUACGUACUGCUGCUAGGGUACGAGAAUGCAACCCACACCGUGUUGCGGUUCCGCCGGAAGCUCGAUACUUGCGAUACAGCCCAAGAUGUCCCGAUUACGAAUGACACCAUCCGUAUCAUCUACAUGUACCACAACAACGAGCCGAGGAACGGGUCGCAGGCGAUAGGCACGCUGCCCGAUCCGACCGAAGCGUUUAAGGAUUCUGUACCGAUCUUUCUGACGCAACGUGUCAAUCAGGUGCCGAUCGAGCUGGACUCUCGGACGCGAACGAUUGAGCUGAGAAACAAGGACGUUCCGAUACCGCAGACGGACGAUAAUCUGCGCUGGUGCACGAUGUACAAGUUGGACCAGUUCGUGCGGAAGCAUCACGUGAUUCGGUACGAACCAGUGAUUGAGUCACGAUCCAACAUCCCACAUCUGAGACACAUCAUCCUGUACGAGUGUCAGGGUUCAACGCCAGAGCUGGAGAUCAUGUCCAGAGAGUUUGGACGAUCGUGUAUGGAGGCAGAAAAGGAACUGCUGACCUGCAACUCGAUCGUAGCAGCAUGGUCCCGAGGUUCGGAGGGUUUCACGUAUCCGCUCGAGGCUGGCUAUCCACUCGAUUCGUACCAGGCCCGGUUCUACAUGAUGGAAACACACUACACCGGGUUCCAGAGUAAUUCGGUCGACCUGACGCCACGCGUCGACAACUCUGGCCUUCGGCUGUACUACACCACCACGCUCCGUAAGCAUGAUGCCGGUGUGCUGUCCGUCGGCAUGCAACCGAACUGGCGUCACAUCAUCCCACCCGGGCAGGAUCGCGUCCUGUCCGAGGGCCACUGCAUAGAGGAGUGCACGCAGCGAGCCUUUCCCCGGCCCGGCAUCAACAUCUUCGCGGUGAUGAUGCAAACGAACGGUAUGGGACGGCAGAUACGCUUCCGGCAGGUUCGGCAACGCGAGGAACUCACACCGAUCGCACACGACGCAAACGUCGAUGCGAACUACCAGGAGUACCGCCGGCUGCAUACUCCCGUGAAAGCUCUGCCAGGUGAUCGGUUGAUCGCGGAAUGUACGUACGAUAGUACGGGCCGCAAACAGAUCGCUCUCGGUGGAUAUUCGUCGCGCGAUGAAACCUGCCUCGUGUUGAGCCUGUACUAUCCGCGCCAGAAGGAGCUGACCUCGUGCCAUUCGAUACCGAGCCUGCCGACGGUGUUGCGGGCGGUCGGCAUUAAUGAGCUGGCGGCCGGAACGAAUCCGAUCCGGAUUGCGUCGCCGCCGGAAAUUGCUGGCAUGACGCUCGAGGAACGGUUGCUAACGUACGAUUGGCGCGUCAACUUCAACGACUUCCAGUACGUGGUGCGGAAGGGUGCGUUUAAGCCGCUGUGCUGGAGCGCUCGGAAUACGCCCAUUCCGGGCACCGAUAAUGUGGAUGCGUACGCACCGAACCUCACGAAAAUCUGGCGUCCGAUGGCAACGUGCAGCUUCAGCGGUGGCGGUACAUCGGCCCACUCCGGGCUCGGUGGCAACAGUGGCGGUAGUUACAGCGUCAAUCGGUUCGUUACUGAGCGUGACAUCAGUCUCGACCGGCCGCUGGACGAUGCGGACGAUGACCGGUGGAACGUGAUAGAGGGUGCGGCGCGCAGUAAAUCCAUCCGUAGCUCGGCACCAUCGGCAAACCUGGCAAGCGGAGUAACGCUAGCGGUGGCCGUUUCGCGGCUAGUGCUGUUUGUGAUCUUUCUCAACACGGUGAGGUUACUGUGAGGAGGAGGAUGAGGUGAGGCAGGAGUAGCGUUACCGGACUGUAGGUGAGUGUGUGAACAACGUGAUAAGGUGAAUCCAGAAGCUGCCACCGUUUUGAGGUCGGGGAGAAAUAGAGGGAGCCGUGUGCAGCACGUGAUACUAAGACUGGGUCUAAAUAGAAAUUUGGGAAAGAUUUACAUUUGUACAUAGUGUCAAGCUUUAGGGUGUAGUAAUAGACCGUAGCUAGGUAGGUGUUCCGAUUUCCUCCUCCCAGAGCAACCAGAGCUCCCUCACGCCCUUAUCGAAGGGUCCAAAGGUGUGUGAAAUCCUCCGAUUUAAAACGCUCUAUAGGAAAAGGAGAAAAAAAAACACACACAGAGCCACACAAAUUCACUAGUCAUUUUUGGGGUGUGGCACAGCAUGGAGUAAAGAUUCGGUGCCGAGGGAGGAGGGAUGUUGAAUAGUGCGUAUUUAAUUCAGGGAUAUGUAAAUUGUCAAUCUAGGGAAAUGGAAGCAAACAAAGAAGAGCCAGUUUUCAGUUUAGUACCGUGAGGCGAUGGAAGGACGAGUCUGAUGAGAUGGGAAUUGAAUUGCAGCUAGUGCACCUUGUACCAAGAGAGAGAAAGUGAAGAGGAACAGUUUUAAGUUUAUUCGCAACGCUGUACAUACUAUCAAUAGGACGAACCAUAUUGUAAUAAAUUGAAAAUAAACUAUUCAAAAAUUGAAAUUCAUUUAAAAACCUAAAA